AAUGCCGAGUAUGUUAUAACACCAAGAACGGUAGUGUAUCUAAAUAGCGCACCUUUCGUUUUUCAGCCACCCACUUAACUGGUUUGACGGUGCGUAGUCAAACUCUUCAUUGUUUAUGAUUUAAACACAGUUUAUAGUACUUACCCCUGUCCUGUCUACUUUUUCCUGUGUUUAGCUACCAGUUCCACUUACCCCCAAUCACCAUGACAACCAGUCCAACUGGUAUUCCUGGUUCAAUUCACCUGAAAUGGAAUCCCAGGAAUUUAGAUAUUCGAACAAAGUCAGUGGAAAAGACACUUGAACCUUUAGUUACGCAGGUCACAACACUGGUCAGUCAGAAAGGUCCAGUCAAAAAGAAGAAAGGACAUUCCAAAAAAGCCCACGUUCUCAGUGCUGCUGUGCAGAAAGCUACAGAAAACUUUAUUGAACGUGGUGAAGAGAUCGCAGAAGAAAAUCCUGAGAUUCGAGAAGACAUGUUGCUUGCUGUAGAGGAUGUCCGCAAAACUGGUGAUGAAAUGGGAAGAGCCUCUCAAGAAUUUGCUAAUGAUCCUUGUUCUUCCGCCAAACGAAGUGCUAUGGUUCUUGCAGCUAGAGGACUUCUCUCAGCAGUGACUCGUCUUCUAAUCUUGGCAGAUAUGUCUGAUGUGAAUCAUCUUCUGAAGACUUUACAUCAUGUUGAAAAUGAUUUGGAUCGUAUAAAGAAUGCCAGCAGUCAACAUGAACUUUUAGCCAGUUUUGAUGACUUUGGGAAAAGUGUUCAACAGCUGUCGGAUAGGGCAGCGAAAAGACAAGCUGAUUUAAAAGACCCACGACGUAGAGACGACUUGGCUGCUGCCCGUGCUGUGCUAAAGAAGAACAGUAUGAUGCUUUUGACCACUUCUAAGGCUUAUGUGCGACAUCCAGAACUUUCUGCAGCCCGAGAGAAUCGUGAUUUCGCCUGUAAGCAGAUGUGUGAUGCAGUGAAUUUAAUCUCUGAUGUUGCACAGGCAGCUGGUGUUUCUGAUGUCCAUCCUUAUGAACAUCAGGGAGAACUAGCUGCUGCUCUCGAUGAAUUAGAUCAAAAACUCAUAAUGGAUCCUCUGGCCUAUAACGAAGUUCACAGCCGGCCGUCUUUGGAAGAACGUUUGGAGAGUAUUGUUAGUGGUGCAGCCAUCUUAGCAGAUUCUUCUUGCACCCGGAAUGAUCGACGCGAAAAGAUCAUACAGGAGUGCAAUGCUGUACGACAGGCAUUACAAGACUUACUUACAGAAUAUAUGGAAAAUUGUGGUGGCAAGAACAAUGUUCAUUCAAACGAGCAGUCUGGUAAGAAAGAACCAAGUGCUGAACUAGAAGAAGCUCUUGAGAAUUGGCAGAAAAAAUCUAGAGAUUUAAGACGUCAGCUACGGAAAGCUGUUGUGGAUCAUGUAUCUGAUUCCUUUCUGGAAACCAAUGUUCCUCUUCUUGUGCUCAUUGAAGCAGCCAAAGCUGGUAAUGAGAAUGCAGUAGAAGAGUUUGCAGUCAUAUUUACUGAACAUGCUAAUAAGCUUGUAGAGGUAGCUAAUCUUGCCUGUUCAAUGUCCAGCAAUGAAGAAGGUGUCAAGAUGGUUCGUAUUGCUGCAGCUGAAAUAGAAAGUCUCUGCCCCCAAGUAAUCAAUGCUGCCAGAAUCUUGGCAGCUCGUUCACAUUCCAAAGUAGCCCAAGAAAACAUGGCAACCUUUAAAGAAGCAUGGGUGAAGCAAGUACAACUCCUUACUGAAGCUGUUGAUGAUAUUACCACUAUUGAUGACUUCUUAGCUGUGUCAGAAAACCAUAUCUUAGAAGAUGUGAACCAAUGUGUUAUUGCAUUACAAAACAAAGAUGCUGAUAACUUAGAUAGAACAGCUGGUGCCAUUCGAGGGCGAGCAGCUCGUGUAACCAAUGUUGUAAUUGCAGAAAUGGACAACUAUGAGCCUGGACGUUAUGUUGAAAAUGUAAUGACAUAUGUUAAAUUGUUAAGAGACCAAGUGAUGCCAAAUUUUGCUCAGAAAGUUGAAGUAGCUGUGAAUUCUCUGAGUUCCUCAUCGAAAGAAAUUGAUGAAAAUGAAUUCAUUGAUGCCAGUCGCCUUGUUUAUGAUGGUGUUCGUGAUAUUCGGCAGUCUGUAUUACUCAGCAGAAAUCCUGAAGAAAUCGAUUCUGAUACUGAAAUUGAAUUUGAAGAUGAUACCAAGAGUAAAUCAAGUUUCAUAACAGAACAAGAUUAUAACAGCAAGAGUGACCGAGCUAUAAUGAGGGAUCUUCCAGAGGCUGAAAGACUCAAAAUUCAACAACAGGUAGAUGACUUCCGUAAAGCAAAAGCAAAAUUAGACCGAGAAGUAGCAAAAUGGGAUGACAGUGGCAAUGAUAUUAUUGUUCUUGCUAAACAGAUGUGUAUGAUUAUGAUGGAAAUGACAGAUUUUACCAGGGGGCGUGGACCAUUGAAAAGCACAAUGGAUGUUAUUAAUGCUGCCAAGAAAAUUUCCGAAGCUGGAACACAAAUGGAUAAAAUGGCAAAAACUAUUGCAGAUCAGUGUCCAGACUCUGUAUCCAAGAAAGAUCUUCUGGCAUAUCUCCAGCAAAUUGCAUUAUAUUGCCAUCAAUUAAAUAUAACCAGUAAAGUGAAAGCUGAUGUACAAAGUGCUAGUGGUGAAUUGAUCGUGUCUGGGCUUGACAGUGCCACAUCCCUUAUUCAAGCUGCCAAAAACUUGAUGAAUUCAGUAGUUUUGACAGUGAAAGCUUGUUAUGUUGCUUCAACUAAGUACAAAUGUAGCUCCGUUUAUAACUCUGUAGUUUUGUGGAAGAUGAAAGCUCCCGAAAAGAAACCUCUAGUACGGAGAGAAGAUCCAUCUGAACUAAAGGCUAUUGUACGCAAAGGUGCUCAGAGGAAGCGCAUACAACCUGUCAAAGCUUUGAAUGAAUUUACAGAAUUAAGCAUCUAAAUUCCCUGUUUGCUGGUUGUAGAUGAAUUGCAGAAGAAAAAGAAAAUGACUGUAUUUUAGCAAUUAUCAUCAUCAUCAUCAUCAUCAUCAUCAUCAUCAAGAAAUACAUAGUGCUUGGAAAUAUUACAUUGUUUACAAAUAUAUAAUUGGUUUUAUAGUGUAUUAAAAAUCAAAAUUUGUGAACAACGUAUGUAUGUAUGGAUAUGUGUGCAUGUACACAAGAUCGUCUGACUUACUGUCUGAUUGAUAGUUACAAAGAAUUAUAAACAAUGUUUUUGCCUGAAAAAAAGACAUAUGUUAAAGGUUCCUGAUCAACAAAUUUUAUUUCAAAUAUUCUGAAAGUGUUAAACAUAGGCAUCUGACUAUCUUGUUAAACUAUAAUGAAGUUGUGUUGCAUGAUGUCAUAUUGAAAAGUUUCUGACUGUUUGUGUCCUUUUAUUAGAAUGAAACAGGAGGCCACAAACUGUGUGGAACUGGUUGUUAUUUAAGUAAUAUACCCUUCAUCUCUCCAGAGCACAGUUGUAAACUACAGGGGACGAAACCCUAACAUGUUUUGGUACUAUUGAUAUUGUUGCAGUUGCCAGAACCAUCCAGGAUUGUCUGACAUAUUUGAAAUAUGGUGUGGUAUGAUGUGAUAUUGUAGUGGCUGGGGGAGCUUAUUCUCGCAUCUGUUCAUUAAUUCUAUAAUGCAUUCUUAGUUUGGCACAAAGGUUUUUUGAAGUGGUGUCAGAGCCAGUUGAAUUUUCUUCAAUACAUGCCUAAUAUUUUAACCCCCCAAGUGAUAAAAAAAAGACAGUUUUAGCAAGAUUUGAAUUCUGAAUGUGAAGGGACAAAGCUAACAAAAUCCUAGAUUUCUGUACAUUGGGUUUUGUAACCACUUCACAUGGGAAUACAGAAGAAUUUAAAAUGGUGCGAAAGAUGAUUCAUACAGUAGAGCACCCGAUUAAACAGUUUGUACUAUUUAGUUUCAUCCCUAGAAGUUUUGAGUUUAAAUCUUGCUAACAUUAAUUUGCUUUCAAUUUUUUCAAGGUUGAUUAAAAAAUUAUUAAUAAUACUAGCUAUAUACUGGAAUUGAAUCUUAAAAAUUUGACUUUGUGCCUAGUCAAAAGGAAUUUGGUAUAAUGGUAAAAGACAUUGUUUCUGUUUUGAAAUGGCUUUUCAAGAUGCUGUGUAGUUGGUGCCAAAGCAGUAAGGCUCCUUAUGCCACAGGCUUCUUGUUGAUAAAUUAGUAUUCGAUAUCAACUCUUGCACUAUGUUGUUAAACAAGACACUUUUAUAUGAUGAAAUUAUUUAAUCCUAAGAAUAUGACAAUUACUAACACUGAUUCUGUAUUAUUAAAGACAAGUACAUUUUUAUUUUGAAAAAUACCAAAAAGGCUUAAAAUUAAAAAAAAAUCUGAAUCUCAACAAAGAAAAGUAUAUUUAUAUGUACAUCCGUAAUGUAUGUACAUUUGUGUGUGAGUGUGUGCACGUAUAUAUAUAUAUAUAUAUAUAUAUAUAUAAAAUGUGAUGGAGCAUGUUCUCACUUGAUAGUGAAGUGAUAAGAUGCUGGUAUAAUUGCUUUGUAAGCAGCUUGUUCUUACAGAACAAUAAGGGAAUAGAAUCAUUUGAAUAUCCUGGAAUAGGAUAUGAGCCUUUUCUAGAAUAGGUUUUGUUACAUCCACUAAUGCAUAUGAGAAAUGCAUAAAUGUAACACCAUCACAUUUUCCCCUCUCUGCUUACAAUCUUGUAGUUUCAGCUACACUUAUUAAUAUACUUGAAGGCUUUGUAACAAUUACAUCCCAGUUUCUCUUAGAGCUAGGCAUGAAGAGGACACACUCACAUUCCCCUGUCCAUUUACACAGUAUCUGCUACAUUUACUAAAGUACAUGUGAAAAGUAUGAAUGCCACACAAUCACAUUCCUUCUAUUCAUACAGUUCAAAUGAGUUGGCUACAUACAGCAAUGUACUUGAGAAAGUGUAACAGCAUAUGCCAUCUCCUUCUGAAGACUUGUAUCUAUGUAAGAAGUAGGCAUAUUUUGAGGACGUUUUUUGUUGU